AAGCCUUACAACAACGAUCGGCUCCUUCACCUCAUCAAAUCCCAUCAAUCCCUCUCCCAUUCGCCUCAGCAAUCCAUGUCUGUCAAUCGGCAAGCUCAUCCCACCGCUCAGACCCCUAUCGGCGUCCAAUCACCCGCCCGCACUCCCUUUGCUCGACCCCUCUCCCAAGCUCAAAAUCGUCCGAUCGGCGAUCUACCCAGGCCACCGUCACAGGCUGGUAUAGCCUCCAACAACCAACAGGCCCACUCGCCCUUCCCAUCAGGUGCUAGUCAGAACGGGACCCCUCAGAGCGCCUUCAAGUCUCUGCCGAUCAAUAACCUCACUCCAGCUCAACAGGCUGCCCGAUUGCCCGGCCAAACACCCAACUCUGACCCAAAACGUGACGAGCUGAAUUCGAUCGCCGAAGCGCAGGCUCAACAACAGCGAUCGAUGUACCCCUUCGAAGCUCAGACUCAUCCGAUCCAACUGAGUGCAAUGCAACGUCAAGUUCUGUCACACCAGCAGCAGCAGUUCAGCCAGCUCAGCCGGGAACAAUUUGCUCAACUCCAGGCAACCCAUCCCGCCCAAGCCGCACUAUUGAUUGCCCAACAACAGAACCUUGCCCGAGUCAAGGCGCAGGCCGAAUCACAAAACCUUUCCGAAGCCAAUACCCGACUAUUACUUGAAUCUCAACAAAAGGAUUUCUGGCAACAUAACCAACGCUUGUUCCUCCCCCCCGGACAAGCCCAUGAUGACCCAACUCACCAACAAGCAUUUGGUAAUCAAAAUCCGCAAGCCUUGCACCAACAACGUCUCCAGAUGGCUCAGAUCCAACAGCUCCAAGAGAGUACCGCCCUCCAACAUCAGGCCCUCCAGGCGGCUCAAAACCACCACAGCCUUAAGGCUAACAACCUCACCUCUCCCUCUCCCCUUCCUUCCCAGUUACAGCAACAAAGACAUCUCGCCCUUCAGCAGCAGCAACAACACGCUCAACGCCAACAACACCUUCUUGCCCAACAGGCCCAAGCUCAGCAACAGAUUCAAGCCCAACAACUGCCUCAACAACAACACCAGCAACACCAGCAACAUCAACAAGCGCAACACCAAGCCCAGCAACCCCACCAACAGCAGCAGCAGCAGCAACAGCAACAACAGCAACAGCAGCAACAGCAGCAACAGCAACAACAGCAACAGCAGCAACAACAGCAGCAACAACAACAACAACAGCAACAGCAGCAACAGCAACAGCAUCAACAACAACAGCAGCAGCAACAAGCCCAGCAGCAAGCCCAGCAGCAGCAGCAGCAGCAACAACAACAACAACAGCAGCAGCAGCAGCAGGCACAGAUCCAACAGCAACAAUUAGCGCAACAGCAGCAUGCACAGAUCCAACAACGAGAGCAACAAGCACAGCAACAGGCACAACAACAACAACAGUUACAGCAACAACAACAGCAGCAGCAGCAACUCCAACUAAAACAGAAGCAAAAGCAAAAGCAACAAGAACAAGACGAGAGUCAACAGGAGAAACGUAAACUAGCCGACCAGCAAGAGCAACACCUCUUUGCGCUUCGUCAACGACAACAAAAAGAGACGUCGAGCCAUGAGAAUCCGCUUGGAUCGACAAUCAACGAGGCCGGUGGAGUUAAUAAUGGGUCGCCUAACGGUCGCAAUGACACCUUUGUCCCUCCUCCUCCCCCCUCAUCCUCUGCGGUUCCUGGACCUGGCGGACCUCGGUCACACGUCGAGUCGGUCGGAUCUACUCAGACUGCUACCACUAAUGGAAAAAAAGAAGCCGACAAAAGCUUCCCUGGUCAUCCUUCUGCCACCCCAACAAAUACCAACCCCAAUACCAAUACAACAAACAUGAAUGCUCCCGAUCCAUCAUCUGCGUCGCAUCCCCAUUCGAAUGGGGAUUCGUCACUCGUAGUAGACCAUUGGUCUCAUCCUUCCACCGUCCCACCGCCGCAUCCUCCUCAGUCUCUUGUCCCCGCCCAUCUCGCCCCUGGUCCCUCGCAUCCUUCAUCCUUCCCAAUUCCUUCUUCGUCUUCUUCCAUCGGAGCAGUGCCGGGCAAUACACCACCACCAGCUACUGCUGCUCUUGGUGGGAAUGGAUUCGGGUCCGGCUUGUUGAGGCUGCUCAAGUUCUUCGACUCGUUGGCUCAAGUCGCCAAGCAUGAGGAUUCGUUGUCGUUUCUGCAACAAUUGGUGGCCGAAUAUUUCAUCGAAUCCGCGGUUUUUAAAAUCUCGCUAUGGGAUUCGAAUUCGGGGACCAACAAACCAUUUGAGAUUCCAAUCGGCUCAUUGGCGCGAUUUUUGAAUGAGUUUUUUGAAGCAGGAGCGCGGACAAUGACGAUGAGCAUACCACAAGGAGUAGAGAUGUUACUAGUAGUGCCCUUGGUACACCAACAAGCAGAGACACUAGUGCGGACAACGGUGGGGACGAAGCACAUCGGGUAUGGGAUUGAGAGUGAAGCGAGUGUUUGGGGAGUGGAGUACGGGACGGGGGUGAAGGUAGAGAUGACGGGGAAGCUGAGUGCGAACAUGUACAAGUGUGGGGGCUUAGGUGGGCCGACGAGUGGGACGGAGCAACAAGGGCUGGAGGUGUUGAAGAUGGACUCGCUGGAGUUCAUUGCCUGUUCGCAUGUCGAAUGGAUCAGUCGUCGCGCCGUCACUAGGGAGACCAUCGACCGGCUCGUCACCAAGUCCGACCCCGACCUCCUUCCCGCCACUUCCGACCUGCUCUCCUCCCUCCUCCCCAUCCCUUCCCCCCCAACUCCCGUCCAAGCUAAGGCCGCUCUUAAAGGUCGUCGCCAAUCAGCCGCUGCCGCUCGCAAAAAAUCCGUCGCUGCUGCUGCUGCCGCCGCCGCUGCCGCUGAGGAAGAACGCGCCAAAAACGAGGCUCUCAUCUCGGCUGAUAAACUCGCGUUUAGGACCGUCAAGACCGAGGCGUUGUCGCUCCCUAUCAGUCCUGUUGGGCCCUUCGGAAUCCCCGACAAAUCCAUGCGUUGUUUAGAGUUGAUUGAAGGUGUUGCUCAGUUGGCACCCUUGAUGGGCUUUUCAGUCGAGAAUAAUUUGCCUCCGUUAGCCUCGUUACAAGAGUUUACGGACCAAUUCCAUCGACGGACGAUGUCGAUGGGCGGCGGGUCGAUAGAGGGCGGCGGAGUGGGAGCUCCGAUGAGUCGAGGAGGAGUAGCAGCAGGAGGAGGAGUUGGAGUUGCAGGGGGAGUUCAAAAGGGGGCCGAGGAGGGGAACAGUCCGACGACCACCCAUUCGCCCCGUAAACGCUCCGCCACUUAUGCCAACGGCGGCCCUGGAUCGGCCGGGUCCACCGGCGAACCCGAGCCCGACGAUUCCACUUCUACUACGACUGCUGCUACGACUGCUGGUCCUAAGACGGCUAACAAUUGCGGCGCCUCCUCCGCUGGGUACUUCCUCGCCGGUCGCAAUAAUAAUGACGCCUUGCCGCCCAUCGUGCCUCCCUCUUCCUCUUCUACCAAUCCUUCGAAUAACAAUAACAACCCUACCAAUCCUUCUACUAAUAAUAAUAAUAACACCUCCUCUUCGUCUACUACUACGACUAAUAAUAAUAAUCAAAAUCAAAAUCAACCAUCUAACUCGGAUGAAUCUUCGACUCUUCAUCUCUUGCCCAACAACCCUUCUUCUUCGACCGAUCCAACGUCUUCUGGUUCAGCUUCUGCUUCGAAACCGCCGGCCGGCUCGUCGUCCUCCUCGUCGCCUCCACCGCUCCCUUCUCACACCUCUCUGCUCGAAAACCUGACCAAAAAUCCGUACCCCCAUCUCGGCUCGACUCCGCAGACCCAAGCGAAUCAUACUCUGCAUCACCAAAAUGGACUUGUCGGCAAUCUGGUUUCGUUGGCUUCUUCGAAUUCCAAUUCUAAUUCCAAUUCUAAUUCUAAUUCGGGGUCUAAUCAUCUGAAGAGGAGAGCUAGUUCGAGCGACUCCCUCGAUCUCCUCGCGCUCAUCCCGAGGUCUAACUCCUCCUCGCCUCCUGCUCAACAUCCCGGCGCGGCUAUCUCCUCCGGCCCUGCUGCUGCUGCUGCUUCUUCUUCUAGAGUCGUGAGGGCUAGACUCGGGAGUAAAAGUAAUAGCACUUAA